UGGUGAAGACCGCCAUGCGAAUGUUUCUUUAUAUAAUAACUCUUUUGGGGUAUUUCUCGACGAUUCUCACCCAUGUGACGUUUACCAAUUUGAAGUGCAGCUCAAAAGACACAAAGUUCCUUAAUUUCAAAAAAUGUUACAUCAAAGCGGUAAACCGCUCUCACAAGUACGUCGAUGUUCAUGUAAGCAUGUACCAGAUUCCAGUAACUAAUGUCACACUAAAACUGAAGUUAAUGCGUCAUGAUCAUGGGUACAAACCAUUUUUCGUAGACGUCACCUAUGAUGCCUGCAAGUUCCUUAAAAACCUAAAAAAUCCAGUUUUAAAAUUAUUUUACGAAAUUUACAAAAAUAGUUCCAAUAUCAACCACACGUGUCCAUACGAUCAUGACCUAAUCGUGGACCAUCUUUGGACUGGAAACAUGGAUUCGGAUUUCUCGAAAUAUAUCCCCAUCAUGAAUGGUGAUUAUGCCAUUUUUACCGAAUGGUCCGCAUAUAACAUUGUUCGGGCGGUUAUAAAUCUGUACAUCAGAAUAUCGAAUAGCCAAUAGUGG